UGUAGACGAAGUAGAAAGGAAUGGCUCUUGUCACCAUCUCUGGAUACCCCUGCAGUGGAAAGACACGACGUGCAGAACGAAUCAAGAUCGCUCUUGAACAUCGCCUUCAAGACACAAGCUAUGCAGGCCCACAGCUAAGGGUGGUUAUCGUGUCUGACGACACAUUAGGUAUAAGCAGAGAUGCAUAUCAAGACACACGAUCAGAAAAGCCUGCGAGGGGUGCCCUGUUCACUGCUAUGCAGCGGGCGAUGGACCGGGAUACCAUCCUUAUCAUCGACGCCAUGAAUUACAUCAAAGGAUUUCGAUACCAAAUGUACUGUGCGGCGCGAGAGCUGAAGCUGCGGGUGUGCACGGUAUAUGUAGUCGCUACUCAAGACCUUGUAAAAGAGUGGAAUGAAACUAGAAUGGAUGGGAAGACAUAUGCUCCACAAACACUCGACAAUCUGCUCAUGCGAUAUGAGGAACCAUCGUCUAUGGUUCGUUGGGACUCUCCGCUGAUAACCGUCCCGUGGACAGAUGAAGACAUUCCUGCGGACGACAUUUGGAAGGCCGUUACGGAAGGCAACGUCAAGCCACCAAAUGCAGGUACGCAGGCGGUACCAAAAGCCCCCACCGAUGCCCUGCGUGCACUAGAGGCUACGACAACCGCGAUAGUUACUGCGAUCAUGGCCGAACAAGCUGCGUCCGGUGGGCUUGGUGGGUCUGUCACCCUUGCACUACCGGACAACGUCAAGACAAACGUCGCGCUUCCUGCGCGCAACGUCACGCUCAGCGAGCUGCAGCGCACGAAGCGGCAAUUCGUGACCGUGAACAAAAAGGCCAUCAUACUCGGCACAACGGAGAAGGGCGCGCUCGACUGGAGCGAUGGCAGCAUCGCGCACAGAUUCGCAGCGUACAUCGAGGACAACAUUUGGCAGUGAACGUCCUGAUCCUGCCGACCAAAACGUGGGAUGCAUAUCGCUGUGUCUUUUGUCGCUCCUGUGUUUGUGCCUCGAAUAUUUCAAUGCAGGCCAGUCCGUUCUUCGACUUCCGCGCGGAUGCUUCCCCAGCAACGGAGUCUUCAUUACGGGAGUCCAUAAAAGGUAGCAUGUCAGGUUCGCUUGUGUACCUCGCGCAUCUCGAUCGAGGGCCCAGUGGCCGCCCAUUUUUGUCACAUCCGCCGUGUAAAAGUCUAGGUACUUGCACUAUGCGCUUGGGGCACCGUGGGCUGUGGAGCCUCCUCUUCAUCUCUCUCAUCAACGCUACACAUCCAGCUAAUGGAACCCAAAAACUCAAGCGAGUUUAUUAGUGUCUCGAGCCUGAAUGACCAUUUGACCCAUGUCAAUAUCGGUGUUGCGUCAUUUACGGCGAUUUUCCAAGUGCUGGGUGCGUGGAUAUCUAUCUUUCUGUGCCUGUCCCUGCAUACAGGUUGACGGGCGACCCUAGGAGCCUCGACUCUCGCUGGGUUUUUGACGCAUCGUGUCAGGCUGGAGGACUUCAGAUCGCUACAGCACGUAAGACAAAUCAGCUUACCGAGACUAUUUCUCGUACUAUUAUUCUCCACUGCGUACGUCUAUCC